AUGUCGCAGCUCCGAAUACGCCCCGUUAGCGGGCUCUUCGGGCCCCUUCCCGGUCGCCGCCUCCGCCUCGCUCCCUCGCCCUCGCGACACGGGCCUCAUCAGCAGCAGCGCCGCACGCUCGUCAACGAGGCCCUGACGCCUCUCAUAGACGCCACCGCGCACGCCUUCGCCUCCAUCCACCACGCCGGCGGCGUUCCCUGGUACCUGACCAUCCCGCUCGUCGCGCUCGGCAUCAACGUCGCUGUGCGCCUGCCCAUGCAGCUGUACAUGCAGUCGCUCGACCGCCGGCGGGCCGCCAUCCGGCCCUUGGUCGUCGCCUGGUCGAGCCGCCACGCGAGCCGGCCGUUCGCCGGCCCGCCGGAGCGCAGGACCGCGCACAUCGUGCGUGAGACGGAGCGCUCGCGCAAGCGCGUGUACAAGGCGUGGGGAGUGCCCCUGUGGAAGCAGUUCAUCCCGCUAUCCUCGAUGCUGCCGUUCGUCGUCGUCUCCGAGGCUCUGCGUCGGUUGUCCGGCGUCUCCAUGUUCGACUCGGCGGCAGCGGCGGCAGCAGAUACGGGCGAGGUCAUCGCCCAGGCGCCCUCGACCCUCGUGGAUCUAUCGCUGCAGACUGGCGGGUGCCUGUGGUUUACGGACCUCAUUACUCCUGACGCGGUCUUGGGCCUGCCGCUCAUCUGCUCCAGCUUGCUGGCUGCCAACCUCCUCAGCCGUAUGAGCGUUCAGCAGUGGAGAGACAUCCUCAUCGAACGACCGGCAUACCAAAGCACCUCUCAGCGACUGUUAAGCGGCGUGGUUCGGCUCAGCAUUUUCCUACCACUCAUCCCCCUAUGCGUCACGCAUCUGCCCGCCUCCGUCUUUCUCUACUGGGCUGCCAACUUUGCGUUCCAGCUGGUCAACGUAAACCUGGUGAGGAAGAUCCUUCCAGAACGAGAGAAGCUGUUGAACUGGAAGCCUAUCCAGCCCAAGCUCAUAUCUUACGUCAAACGACCACAGCUUGAAGCUUCUCAAAAGAAACCGGUGUACAAUAAAAAUGUAUAA